AUGGCUAGUCACAUAAUUCGACAACGCGCCGAAACCGCCUUAGAGUACGCGAAAGAUCUACUGCUGGACGACGAAAAUGAGGAUGAGGACGACACGUUUGAAGACGAUGAAAAUGAGAGUGAAAAUUGUGGCAAAGAGAAAGAUUGUGCUGCGGAUGGAAAACCCGAAGCUGAAGAUGAAAAGGGCAAAGAACCAAAAUCGGAUAAAGAUCCCAAAGGCAAGAAAUCAUCCAAAGGUAUGGCUAAGAAGGCGAAGCGAUUGAUGAACAUUGUAAUGGAUCCGUUUGGUUCAAAAUUUCAAUGGAAGAUCAACUUCAAUCUAGGCGUGAAUGCAUCAAAUCAGAAAGAGCAGCAAGAGGGAAAAACGGAUCAAAACGCCGGCACAUCGGGUGCCAAAGCUCAGACAACGCCCGAUAAGAAACGUGAUGACGAAUCUUCAUCGCCCGAUGCGAAGAAAAUUAAGAGUUUGGAAAAAGAUAACAAAGAACUUCAAAAGCUUGCGAGCAAAUUUCUUGACGGUUGUAUCCGUUUGGAAACAAAAAUGUCAGAACUUGCGAAGAUGGAGCGACAAUGCUAUGAAUUACAGGCCGAUAAUGAUCGACUCAAGGGAGAAUUACGUGAUGUGCAACAACUCCAGCAAGGUUUGGCUUCCAGUUUGGAAUCACAAAGCGAGAAGCAUCGAAACGAAGUCAAACGGUUUGAAACGGAGCUUAAACAUGCGACCGAUUCGUUGCAGCAGAUAAAAUUAACGCAUCAAAACCAAGUGGAAGAAUCGUGUCGAUUGAGGAAAGAUUUGGAAAGCGUUUCGAAAACUAAAGAAAAUUUGAUAAAUCAGUUGGAGCAGAAGGAGAAAUCGUAUCUUACGGAAUUGACCAAACUGAAAGAUAGCAUACAACAAGCCACAACAGGAAACACCGAACUUACUGAUCGCGUUCAUAAGCUGAGCGACGAUUUACAAACAACCGCAGAGCAGAUAAAGGAGUUGAAGGUUCAGAACAUGGAACUGCAGCAUGCACUAAGCGAAACAGAAAAUGAAAAACAAAGAAUCAAUCUACGCUUGGAUGCUUCAAAUGCUAAAAUAGUUGAACUAAAACGUGCAAUACAGAUUUUGGAAUCGAAUCCCUUCACGACGACUGCGGCCCAGAUGCAAAACGAUGGAGCGUACUCUUGCCCUUUGUGUGGAGUGCAGUUUGACAGCUUGGCAAAUAUGCAACUCCAUGCAGAGGAUUGCAACGGAUAA